AUGGCGUGUGGAAGGAGAAUAGGGGAAAUUAAAAAGAAAAAUGCUCAUUUUAAUGAGUCAUGCUACAAGAAGGUGUCCUUCGUAGACGAGUUAGCAGGAACACCAAGGAAUUCUAGGCCCCUCAACCCAGAUGCUGUACCCUUUGCAUUUCCAGGAAAUGAUGACUUCCAGCAGAUGCUUCAUGAAGUCUGUGAAUUGAGCCCCAUAAAUGUUAUUGCAACAUCCGCAGAGACGUCCACACGUAUCAGUGCUCCUAUUAGUAAUUUGGCUGACCAGAUAUCAGAAGCUACAGUGACCUGUGAAGAUCCAAUGACGUCAACACUUGAUAUCUCCACAUCUGACCAGAUGAUUGGCGAGUUCAACGAAACGAGUUCCAGCAUAGAACCAACUGCAUCAACAUCUGCUGCCACGUCCACCAGUAUCACUGGUUCUGGCGAGUUCAACAAAAUGAGUUCCAGCAUAGAACCAGCUGCAUCAAUAUCUGCUGCCACGUCCACCAAUAUCACUGGUUCUGGCGAGUUCAACGAAAUAAGAGGGUCUGAAAUACAUUGCAGGAUAUGUGGCAUUUAGGUUCCGCACCGAGUUUCCCACAUUGGGAAUAUCGAGUGAGCUUUUAAUCGAUCCAAAACACGAUUGGAUUUACCAGAUAU